UCCGUAAACAGAAUACACAGACACAACAAUUUUCUGAGUUCUCACGACUAUUUUCAUUCUCCAAAUUUCUCUCUAAAACUCUUCUUCGCUAGGCUACUUCAACAACUCAAUUAUAGCAAUGGAAUUACGUCCAUUAGACAUCAAAGUGAUCUCCGCAGAGAACAUCAAGAAUGUCAAUACUUUCUCAAAAAUGGAUGUUUAUGCAGAAGGCUCCAUCUCCAGCUACUCCAUCAAGUCCCAUAAGCAGAAAACCUUCAUCGACAAGAACAGUGGCACAAACCCCAAGUGGAAUCACUACAUGACAUUCACUCUUGAUGAAUCUUCCCUUACAAAACCAGGGCUUUACUUAAUCAUUCGUCUCAAAUCUGAACGCACUUUAGGUGAGAAAGAAAUUGGUGAAGUCUCUGUUCCUAUUCAUGACCUGUUUAAUCAGUCCACCUCUAAUGGAAGCACAGCCGAGAGGUUUGUUGCCUAUCCAGUUAUAACAGUAAGCGGUAAACCAAAAGGCACCCUGAAAUUUUCCUACAAGUUUGGAGAAAAAUUUACAGCACCUGAGCAAAAAAUAGAUGUAUAUCAUGAGCCUGUCACAGCUUAUCCUGCACCAAUGCAUGGUAAUACAUAUCCUGGAAUGGCUUAUAAUCAGCAAAAUCCAGGAUACGGAUAUCAAGGUGGGUACCCACCAGGUGGAUACCCACCAGCUGUUGCACCGGGUUAUGGAUAUCCGCCCCAACAACCAGGGUACGGGUAUCCACCAGUAAAACAACCUGGUUACGGAUAUCUUGACGGAUUCGGGUUAGGGCUGGGUGCAGGAUUGCUUGAUGGUUUGUUGGUUGGAGAUAUGGUUUCGGAUGUUGGAGAGAUGUCUGCUUAUGGUGAUGGAUAUAGAGAUGCUAUGGAUGAUAUGGGUGGCGGCUUUAAGUUUUAGUUUGAUUUUCUCAGUUUGUAAAUUUUCAAUUUUCUUUGUUUUUUUAGUCUUUUGAGAU